GAUCAUCACACUCGUCAUUUUUUCACUCACGCUUUCCGAGGCCUUCUUCACAUUGCCGGUGUGAUUUCUGCCCGCCGUUGACUGGUGGCCACCGACCACGAUUUUCAGUCAUCGGAAUUUCUCACACACUUCAAUCAACCAGCUGAAGAUCUGCUUUGGCAAUGGCUAUACCAUCACGUCACUUAUUCGUCGAUGGGGAGUGGAAAGAACCUGUGAAGAAGAAUCGCAUCUCUGUAAUCAAUCCCGCUACCGAGCAGAUAAUUGGGGAUAUUCCAGCUGCUACAGCAGAAGAUGUUGCCGUUGCCGUGGAAGCUGCUCGCAGAGCUCUUAAACGUAACGGAGGGAAAGAGUGGUCAUCAGCUUCAGGAGCGCAUCGUGCCAAGUAUUUGCGCGCUAUUGCUUCAAAGAUAAUAGAGAAAAAAACUGAAUUGUCAAAACUUGAAGCCAUCGAUUGUGGAAAACCACUCGAAGAAGCAGCAUGGGAUAUGGACGAUGUUGCUGGAUGUUUCGAGUAUAAUGCCGAUCUUGCUGAAGAGUUGGAUAGAAAGCAAAAUGCAUCUGUUGCUCUUCCAUUGGACACAUUUAAAUGUCAUAUUAUUAGGGAACCCAUUGGUGUUGUUGGGUUGAUCACUCCAUGGAAUUACCCUUUACUGAUGGCUACCUGGAAAGUUGCUCCUGCCCUGGCAGCCGGGUGUGCUGCGAUACUUAAACCAUCAGAGCUAGCAUCGGUUACUUGCUUGGAAUUAGGUGAAAUAUGCAGAGAGGUGGGCCUCCCUCCUGGUGUUCUCAAUAUUCUUACUGGUUUAGGUCCAGAAGCUGGUGCACCAUUGGCAUCUCAUCCCGAUGUUGACAAGAUUGCAUUUACAGGAAGCAGUGCCACAGGAAGCAAGGUUAUGACAGCUGCAGCUCAAAAUGUUAAGCCCAUUACACUUGAACUUGGUGGGAAAAGUCCAAUAGUGGUGUUUGAUGAUGUUGACAUCGAUAAAGCUGCUGAAUGGACGCUCUUUGGUUGCUUCUGGACAAAUGGUCAAAUAUGCAGUGCAACAUCUCGCCUUUUGGUGCAUGAAAGCAUUGCUGAGGAGUUUUUAGACAAGCUUGUUAUGUGGGCUAAAAACAUCAAGAUUUCAGACCCCUUGGAGGAAGGUUGUAGACUUGGCGCUAUAGUUAGUGGCGGACAGUAUGAAAAGGUAUUGAAGUUUAUAUCAACAGCCAAAAGUGAAGGCGCAACCAUUUUAUUUGGAGGGCAGCGUCCGGAGCAUUUGGAAAAAGGAUUCUAUAUCAAGCCAACCAUCAUCAGUGACGUUACCACAUCCAUGCAAAUUUGGAAAGAGGAAGUUUUUGGACCCGUUCUCUGUGUAAAAACAUUUACAACAGAAGAAGAAGCAAUUGAAUUAGCAAAUGACACUUGUUACGGAUUGGCUGCUGCUGUAAUAUCCGACGAUUUGGAAAGGUGUGAGCGUGUAACAAAGGCUUUCCAGGCAGGUAUUGUCUGGGUCAACUGCUCGCAGCCAUGCUUCUCUCAAGCUCCGUGGGGCGGCAAAAAGCGUAGUGGUUUUGGUCGUGAACUAGGAGAACGGGGUUUGGAGAACUACCAGAAUGUGAAGCAGGUGACUCGAUAUAUUUCGGACCAACCAUGGGGUUGGUAUAAUCCUCCAUCUCGUGAGCUGUAAGGCCUCAAUGUUUUACUCACAAACAAUGGGCUGGUAUGAUCCUCCAUCUCCUAACCUCUAAAAACUGUAAGUGUCAGUAAGAUUUACAAUAAAUAAAAAUAGCCAGUUUACCAGUUUGAACAAGUCAAACCGAAAUGUCGAUACAAUCGUGGUGAUUCGUGAACCAAGUUCUUGAUCAUAUGUUCUUCAGGACAUGCCAAGAUCAUUAUUCGACAUGCUAAAUCCGUAUUGUGUGGAAAUAUUUUGUAUUUAUGUCCCAUUCACCACUUGAGCAUCAA